UUUACUUAAAGAUGUAUAUAUAAUUAAUAACGAAAUUUAUUAAAAUAACAAAUAUGGAUCAAAAGUCAAAUAUAAAUUUAUUUCAUCCAGCAUUAAUUAAUUUAACUACACAUUUAUUUUAUAAUAUAAUUGAGCAUAGAAUUAAUGCACAAAAUUUUAAAUGUUUAGGAUUACAAUCUAUUGAUUAUGAACAAAAAGAAAAUCAAAUUGAAGUUGUAUUACAAUUUGAUAUUAUUUCAUCAUCAUCAUCAGCAGCAGCAUCAUCGUCUACAUCAAGAAAUAACUCCUUAGGGAAUAAUAAUAAUAAUACAUAUACAGAAUGUGAUUAUACAAAUCUGUUUGGUGAAAAAUUAGCAGAACAAAUUACUUCAAAUGAAAGAAAAUCUCCGUUCGUAACAAUUGUGGUUUGUUGCUGUAUACUGACAACAUUUUUUCUACUGGUUCUUUUUCUCCGAUGUCGGAGUUUCAUUCGACGUAAACAAUUAUUGAAAAGAAGAAGAAAUCCUAAAUACUUAUAUUGUUCUAAAUAUCCUAAAUCAAAACCUAUUAAUCAUUGUUAUAUUAAAGCUAAUAAUUCAUGUUAUUGGUCACCAAAUAAACCUAAACAUAGUCAUUCAUUUUCAGUAUGGUCUGAAGGUCAACCAUUAAAAUAUCAUCAGAAUAAACAUCGAAUAUCUUCUACUUCAUCAUUGAAUCAAUUUAAUCUAAUGGUGAAUUCAUCGCAAUCUCAUUUUUAUCCAAAUAAUCAUUGUAUAAAAGAUCCAAAGUUUAUUCAUCGUCAAUCUAAUUCAUCAGCUAAUGUAAUUAAUAAUAGUAAUGAACGUAAUUUUAUGAAAUAUAAUUAUCAUCAACAUGAUGAAAUAUAUGGAAUGAGAAAUCAUAUGAAUAAUGGUUAUUUAGAAUAUAGUAAACGAAUAAAUAAUGCCAAAUCAACAAUGUUUCCAAAUUCUCAAAGGUUAAUAGUGCCAUCAAAACAAUCAAAUCCUUCAGCUGUAGGAAAUCAAUCAAUGUUUUUCAAUUCACAAAAAAUAACAAAUGAAAAUGAUAUUACAGAUUCUGAAACUCCUACUACUGAAUUUACUGAAAGUUCAAAAUCACAUAAAAGUAUAUCACAGAUUAAUGUGCAUCGAAAAGGUAGAAGUUUAAGUCCAGCUGAUAUAACUAAUUUCAAAGAAUCAAAAUUUCAUUUCAGUCUCAAACCACGUUUUUCAUUAGCUGAAUCUGAUGAAAUGAAUAAUCAACCUAUUGAAAAUAGUCAAUCGUCUGGUUUUCGUGAUGUGAUUAUUGACUGUAGUUCACUGGAAAGUGCUAUCAGUUAUCCAGUACAAAACUCUUGUUCAUAUUUGAAUGACAAUAAAAACCUAGACAGUUCAUUAGAAAGUCGAAGUUUGAUGUCAGUUUACCUAAAUGAUGUUGCACAAAAAAAUCGAAUUAUCACUCCUACAGUUACGAUUACUACUACUAACAUCAAUAAUACUGUUAGUGAAAAUAACACUGGUACUAUUCACAAUAUCUCUUUGGAUAAUAGUAAUUAUAAUAAUGUUAUCACAUUAUCCCCAUUAAAUCUUCCAAAAAUUGACACAGGUAUUUUCAAUGAUGAAUUAUACAAUACUGAAAAAAUGAAUUCAUUUGAAAGUAAUCAAUUAACCUAUUCUACCAAUACUGAUCAUAAUCAUAUGGAUCAGCAUAAUAAUUUCACUUAUGACUUACAAUCACCAGUGAUUAAAGAAAAACCUAAACGUCCAGUUCUAUGCUUAUUUAGUGCAAAUAAAUAUAAUCAAAAAAGACAUCUUAAACGUAACAAUUCAAUCAGCAAUGAUGAUAGUAAUGAUGAUACUAAUGUUGAUGAUGACAACAAUAAUGGUAAUAUUCAUGAUAAUAAACAAGAUAUUGAUGUAAGACGUUUACGUCAAGGUAAAAAUGUUUCCACUACAAAAUUAUCAGUUACUAAUCAAAUUAAUAGAAUCAUUGGAAGUAGUAAUAAUAUCAAUAAUAGUGAUAAUAUUUGUAAUCAUAAUUUAAAUUUAUUAUUAUGUAAUACAAAUGAAUGUAAAAGUUGUGUAAAUUUACAAGCAUAUGAAUUAUCACAAGAUCGUUAUCGUAAUCCAAGUAGUGGAUCAACUGUUAGUCAAAUACCAAGAUCUGAUUUACCAGAUGUUUACCUGAAUCCACCAUCAAUGUCGACUCUACAAUCUCAACGGAGCAGUUUAUGUGGCAGAAGUAGGAUGGAAUUGUUAUAUGUGGAUAAUGAACUAGAUAGAACCAACAAUCCCAGAUGCAAACUUAGUACAAAUGGAAUAAUUAGUUCAUCAAACUUGGGAGAAAAUUUAUCAGACGUGAUUGACUCUGAUCACCGUUUCUCUGUGCAGCAUACAAAUGGAGCAGGUGACAAUUGGAGCUUGGUCGAUGAGUUGGUUAUUUUUCCUCAACCACAAUCUCUUGGAUUGGUACGUAAUCAAACGUUUAAUGCAAGAAACACAUAUCAUCAACCAUUACCUCAAUCAUCUUCAAAUUUGGCUCCAUCCUUUUUUAAACCAUAUCAGCUAACCGAUGAUAAUUUCGGUAAUUUACCAGUUAAAGAUAAAGAGCAUCACAUUAGUAUACAACAACAACUUAGACGGGCAUUAAGUUUAUCAUCUAGACGUAAAUCACCUCGUUCAUUAAAUGAAGAAAUCCAAUCAAUCAUGGAUAAACACUACGAAAUGACAGGAAUUAGAAUGACAAUUGGUAGUGGAUCAUCGCAGAAGAAUUCAACGACUACCAAGUCAUAUAUAAAUUUAUUUGGAUUACAGACAGGCAAUAAAACACAACCAUCCAGACCAAGAAAACGUCGAUGUAGUUGGACAUUCACUAAAGAUAUUACUAAUGAAUUUCAAACAAGUUUAAAAAAUGUUUCAAGUGCAUUACAUUUAGAUUGUCCUACAUUUGAUCUCUUUCAAAAAUUUAAACAUAAUCGUGAUAAACCAUCUGUACUUGAAUCAUUAUCUAUGACUGCAUUACCAUGUCUUAUCCCAUUAAGACCACGUAUUCAAUCUGAUAUAACAAAUGAUAUGACUUCUAUUAAUGAAGAAUUAAUUAUCAAACAAUCUAAACAAAAAUUUCAUUCUGAUUUAUAUAAUAUAAAAUUAAUUGAUUUCAAACGAAAUAGUAUAGGAAUAAAUGAUAAAAGUGUCAUUCUAUUUGGAAUACAAAAAAACAAUAAUAUUAGACUUGUUAAAAGUAAUUGGAAUUUGACUAAUCUAUAAAUCAAGUGACAUAACAUGACUUCAUUACAUCAUUAAGUCAUAUACAAUUUGCAGCAUACUAUGUAGAGAUACCGUUUUUUUUGUUGUUGUUUGUUUUGAAAUACCCAAAAGAUACCAUUGUACAAAAUCUUUCAAUGUUUUAUGAAUGAUCUUCCUUUCAUAUGAAUUAUGUUAUUCUUCAACUCGUUCAUCAUUUCUAUGAUCCAUUAUAUUAGAUUAUUAUUCAGCGCGGUAUUCAAUAUUAUAUCUUGUCAUCAUAUAUAGUUGAUCUUCUUUUUAUGUAUUUCAUUUAUGGUUGUAUAUAAUUUUUAAAUAAACUAUGAAAUUUCAAUUUAUAGCCAAUCUCUUUUUUCUUUUUG